GAACACGUCGUUUAGCCAAAAACCUAAACAUAAAACGACAUCUCAAAGAAACAAACAUAAUCCGACUCGCUUAACGGAGCAUCAGUUAUAGCCCGUCUAUCAACACGCACCAAUCCUUAAUUUCUCAGUCUCUCUUUUAGUGUUUGUUUCCCAAGAAAAUCAAAGCAGGAAAGAAAGCUCUUCUUCACUUCAAAUAAAAACAGAUCAAGAAGUUGCUGUCUAUGAUCUUAAAUAAUCAUCGUUUGAGAUUUUCUUCAACCUGAUUUCUACUGCAUUAUCUGUAACUGGAUAUAAAAUGGAUGAAAGUGGACAACACCAUAAUGGGAGAUAUAAUAAGAUCGACUAUUACAAGGCACCAAAUUCUCCGUGGAGCAUGGGGCCCUCACAUCCAACGAAGGAACACAAUAAUGCGCUGGUAAUGAAUAAGAAGAUUAUGGCCAUCCUUGCCGAGAGGGAUGCUGCCAUUUACGAACGGGACAAAGCAUUAGCUGAACAAAGGGAAGCUAUUGCUGCACGAGAUGAAGCUCUUCAGCAGCGAGAAAAAGCUCUUGCUGAGCGGGAUAAUGCCUUGAUGGAGCGAGACAAUGCUCUGGAAGCUAUUCAAUACCGGGAAAACACUUUGAAUUUUCCUUUAGGCAAUGGAAAUCAACGUGGAUCAAAGCGUAUUCCGCACCCUGUAUACAAUUCAAAUGAUGUGGCCGAAGCUCUUGAUGAUGCAGGGGAGAUGAACAUCACUGACGCCUUCCCUAUAACAACUGUUUCAGGCGAAUAUUUCAAGUCGCACCCGACGAAGCGGUUAAAGGAUAAUAAGUCGAUGUCGAUGAAGGCAGCUAAGUCACCAAGGAAGGGAAUUAGAGUAGGUGAAGAUUUGAACGGACAAGGCGCUUCUGAAGGGAAGAAGUUUAAGGUUGAAUGGGACGGUCAGGAUGGCUUGAACAUGGUUAAUUUUGACGAGUCUACAAUGCCGGUACCCAUUUGCUCGUGUACCGGCAUUCCUCAUCAAUGCUACAAAUGGGGAAAUGGCGGGUGGCAGUCAUCCUGUUGCACCACCACCAUGUCAUCAUAUCCAUUACCGCAGAUGCCUAAUAAACGCCAUGCUCGAGUUGGUGGUCGCAAAAUGAGUGGUAGUGUCUUCACAAAAUUGCUCAGUCGGUUGGCAUCAGAAGGCCACGAUCUAGCAGCCCCCCUCGACCUCAAAGACUUCUGGUCCAGACAUGGCACAAAUCGCUACAUCACCAUAAAGUAGAGAUACUCGAGUCUCUUGUCGUAGAUUUAAUUAAUGUAUGGUGUACAAUAUUUACUGGAUUGUCUUGUAGCAAAAUGUGGAGCUUCCUGUGCUCGCAUUUACGCCUUUGUAGGGAUGAAAUGCCAGAUUUUUACUAUUUGCUACUUUCCGGUAGCAAUUUUACA